CCCGGGAGGAGUGGCCGCGGCGGCGGCGGCGGCGGCGGGCGAGGGGACGGGCGCGCAGGCGGCGGGCGGGCGAGGCCGCGAGAGGAGCUCCGUCGCGCUCGCAGCGCCGCGCACCAGCAGCAUGGCCGUGGCGGUGGGCAGACCCGCGAACGAUGAUCGAAACCUGUCCCUGUCAGGUCAUGUUGGUUUUGACAGUCUCCCUGAUCAACUGGUCAACAAGUCAACCUCGCAGGGUUUCUGCUUCAACAUCCUCUGUGUUGGCGAAACUGGUAUCGGCAAAUCAACGCUCAUGGACACUCUGUUCAACACGAAGUUUGAAAGCGACCCGGCCACACACAACGAGCCCGGUGUGCGGUUGAAGGCAAGGAGUUACGAACUUCAGGAAAGCAAUGUCCGUCUGAAGCUGACGAUUGUUGAUACGGUUGGUUUUGGAGACCAGAUAAAUAAAGAUGACAGCUACAAGCCUAUUGUGGAGUACAUUGAUGCCCAGUUUGAGGCCUACUUACAAGAAGAACUGAAAAUCAAGCGCUCCCUUUUUAACUAUCAUGACACCAGGAUCCACGCCUGCUUAUAUUUCAUUGCACCUACUGGGCACUCCCUGAAAUCUCUUGAUCUGGUCACCAUGAAGAAGCUGGAUAGUAAGGUGAACAUUAUCCCCAUAAUUGCCAAAGCUGACACCAUUGCAAAAAACGAGCUGCAUAAAUUCAAGAGCAAAAUCAUGAGUGAGCUGGUCAGCAACGGGGUCCAAAUCUAUCAGUUCCCGACAGAUGAAGAGACAGUGGCUGAGAUCAACGCUACGAUGAGUGUCCACCUGCCGUUUGCUGUUGUUGGCAGCACCGAAGAAGUGAAGAUUGGAAAUAAGAUGGCCAAGGCCAGGCAGUACCCCUGGGGAGUUGUACAGGUUGAAAAUGAAAACCACUGUGAUUUCGUGAAGCUGCGUGAAAUGCUGAUCAGAGUGAACAUGGAAGACCUGCGGGAGCAGACACACAGCCGACAUUACGAGCUCUAUCGCCGCUGCAAGCUGGAAGAGAUGGGCUUCAAAGACACAGACCCUGACAGCAAACCCUUCAGUCUGCAGGAGACCUAUGAAGCCAAGAGGAAUGAAUUCCUGGGCGAGCUCCAGAAAAAAGAAGAAGAAAUGAGGCAAAUGUUUGUUAUGCGGGUGAAGGAAAAAGAAGCAGAGCUGAAAGAAGCUGAAAAGGAUCUUCACGAGAAGUUUGAUCUCCUAAAGCGGACUCACCAGGAAGAGAAGAAGAAGGUAGAGGACAAGAAGAAGGAGCUUGAGGAGGAGCUGAACAACUUCCAGAAGAAGAAAGCAGCAGCUCAGCUAUUGCAGUCACAGAGCCAACAGGCUGGCUCUCAGCAAACCAAGAAAGACAAGGACAAGAAAAAUUCAAGCUUCACAUAAAGCCCGCCAAGUCAAAGGAUCUUCCUGCAUUCCCCUGCUUUUGCAGUAAUGUGUCUCAGCCAUCUUAUAUAUAUAUAUAUAUAUUUCUUUUAAAGACAAAUCCUUAUUAUUAACUCAAUAAUCAUGGGGCGGGUGGGCGAAGCAGGGGGUGUCUGGCAUUUGGGCUUUAUUGGGGUUCUCAGGAGAACAGAAAUGGUAAAAUUCUUUGCAAGGGGAGCAAGAACUCUGUUGGAACAGUUUUAACUGGGGUUUUGUUUGUGCAUCACGCUUGGGUUCAUGGUGCCAGAAAGCCCUUUGAAAGGCAUGAAAACAGGGCUGCUCACACACCAUUUUUAAUAUUUGGGAUGGCAAUUUCCACCUCACUUCUGCAACAAUGCACUGCAAAUUGAAGGCAUGACCCAGUUAAACGCAUUAAGGAACCAGUGAUUUUACUGGGAGAAUUUGGCUGCAAUCCUCUAGAGCAGGCAUGGGCAAAUACAGGGGUAUAGGGGGCUUUUUGCCUCCUCGGCACCCCCCCCCCCAUGCAGGUUGCAUAUAUUCCCACCCACGGGCAGGGGGAAACAAAACUUUUUUUUUUAAAUUAAAUGUGGGGUCUCCACCAGCUGCAGAACACCGUGCCAGCACCCCCAUUUUGAUUUUAUCUGACAGAAUUUGGGGAGCACUGGGGGCUCCCUACCCCUGCUGUGCAAACUUAUCUGAAAGGGAAUACCAUUGAGCCCAGCCAGGAUACAUCAAGGAUUGCUCUCCAAAGUACGUAUCCCUCUUUUUCUCCUAUUGAAAUCAAUGGGAAUUUUUUUCCAGACCUGGAUCAUGCCUUGCUUAUCCUUCAGAAUAAGUUUUAGGAAAGAGGGGCCACUGUUUAGGUUGAAACCUUAGAAGAUCUUACAUACACAUACAUAUUGCUGUGUGUUUCCUUGGAUUAGGACCUGAGCCACAUCAUUCAUAUGGGGGACACAAAUAACCACAAAUGAGAAUUUUAGCUCUAUGUAUAGUGCUCUCCAUUUGUACUGCACUGGUUCACUGUAGGUAGCCUUUUUGUACCAAAAAUCUGUAACAAUUUUCUAGCAGUAACGGAGGCAGCACAUGUCCAAGAUACAACAGGAGCACACAGGUGUAUGAAUUAAGCACUCUGAGAAACCAUACUGGUAAUGUGAAGAUCCAGCAGAAGAGAACUACAGCAUUUCUCUAGAGAUAUCCAUGAUUAUCUCUAUUAGUAACAUAACCUAUUUCCCACCCAGCAUUCCACAGAACUGUGAGCUUUUGUAUUCACCAGAACGCUUCAUCAGGCAUGAUGAAGUGUUCUGGAGAACUCAAAAGCUUGCACAUUUUUGUAGAAUUUUGGUUGGUUUUCAUAAAGGUAUUGCCCCACUGUGAAUUUUGGAUUUUGGCGAACUUGUUUUUUAAUUUAACCCUUUUAUCGUUGCUUAAAAGAUUACUGGGUCAGGUGAAAAUUGAGUUAAGAUGACCAAGUCCUGAUCCUGAGCCUAUCCCUUUCAAAAUCUUGGGGGCAGUGACAGACUCCAUAGCAUAUAGGGUUAUUGGUGUCCUAGAACAAGCAAAACAGAGUUGGACAGAGGGAUGCUGCUGCUGCUCCCAGCCUCUCGGAGGCAGGAUGGCUGUGAUUUGAAACCUGACCCAAAUGCUAUUUUUGCACAGCUCGCUGCAAAAAAUGGGCAGCCAGCUCUCACUGGGCUGGACUGCACUUCUGCCCCUGCCUUGGAAUAACAGUCUGAGGGAUUCCUUGCACGAUGAGUUAAACACAUCCUUACCUGGGCUUCUUCCCUUUUCAUCCCCAAAGUUGUCCUUGACCCGAGGUUUUCCCUGGAGUCUGGAUUUGAUUUUACGCGAGGCUUUCAUGCUGGUCUGUUCUGAUUUGGAAUUUAACACUGCCCUUUCCCCUCUCUUAAAAAAAAUCCACAAAAAUGAUUGGGAAACACAAGAGGGGCCCUGGAGGAGAACAACACUUUGGAAAGUCCCUGCAGUUGAGGAACCAGGAGUGCGCAAUACAUGCGUUUUGUGGAGAAGCCCGAGUAAUUGUGUGGCGGUUCUUCCACCGCCCUGUUGUGCCCUUCCCUGCUAGUUCUACAGAACUGAGAGUUUCUUCCCGCAGUUGUUGCCAAUUUACAGAACUCCAACCACUGAGGGAUUUUUCUGUGCCAUUCACUGACCUUACACAGUUUCUCACAUGCAUGAUGGCUUUUGUCCUUCCUGGGUGCUUCCCAUCUUAACAUGCCGAAGGCCUGCUCGGUUCAUCUUUAACCCAACUUCUCUACAAUGUGAUGCAGCUAACAAAUGCAUCGUUGCAUCCUAAACCAGAGGAGCGCGUGUUUGGCAGAGGCAGGGCUGCCUCCCCUAAGCAUCUUGUCGUAAAGGAGCCCUUAGGAGGAAUAGUAGAAACCUCCCUAGAAGGUAGACUCUCCACAACCGAGGAAUUACAGAAUACACAAUCCUAUGCACAUAUAGCCAGAAAAACGGUCUACAACUCCUGGUCUGGUUUGGGCAUGCUGGAGUUGUAAGCCUUUUUCCCCCCUGGCUACUUGUGCCUUUCAGGGAUUAAACACCAUUUAUUCUGACCUGGGGAAGUGAGAUUCAUUUCUGGGCUUAGGGCUUAAAGGUAUGAUGACCUAUCUUGCUGUAAUUUGUUGCCUAAUCUUAAUUAAACAGAAUUGUGUGCCUUCCUAGAUGCGUGCAAGAAUAAGGAGCAUAUGGCGGAAUUAUCAGGUGGGUGUUUGGCAACACACGCAUGCAGGUGUACUGAUCUGAGAGUCAGGACUGGUGCAGGUGUGUCCAGGCAGGUAAAACCAUGGCUCUGUAAUACCGAGAAUGCCCUUUUCCAGAUCUGCACGAAGAAAGCUUGAUACGUAAGUAGAAGCAAGCAUAGCUUCAGGAAUGUGCUGGACCUGGCAGAAAGUGAGAGCGUUACGGAAGCCUGGCUUUUUCUGGAGAGUUUUUUUUUAGGUUACAGCAACAUUGGGCCAUCCAGGUGAAUGAUGAAGUGAUGGUGCGAGCCAGCGCAGCUUCCCAAACCCUGGGGAACUCUGGGCACGGAACGAACCCCUUGCAGCACUCCAGGCGCCCUAGUGUAAACUGCCUUUCUCCAUUUCUUGGGAGAAGGCGGAGCCUGGACAGUUGGGGCAGUUAAAAACCUAUUUCGAAUAGUUUCAGGGGCAGUGCAGAGUUGUGAGAGAAUGGGCUUGUCAGGACGCCCUCCACUUUUAACACCUUGAAACAACAUGUGCCAGCUGCAAGGACAGAUACACAAAUACGGUAUCAUCCGUAAGAAAUCUCCUCCUAAUUUUUCUCUUUUCGCGCUGUGUAACUGACUUAACAUGUUUAACUGCUUGCAUUUUCCUGUGCUGGACAGGAGCUUUUCCUUUUGGGUCCAUUCCAAGAAGCAGCGACCCCCAUUAACCCUCUGACUCUUGGAUCGCUUCUUCUACUGCUGAGGCGCAGCCCAUUACCUCCUUCUCCUGCCUCCGUGCUCUCCUUUCCCUUUCACCUUUGAAAGUACUUUUUUCUUUCAAGCCAUACUGGCUCACCUUUCACCUGCUGGUCUUGGUUCUUCUGGGUUUUUCUUUUCCUUCCCUGGCUCUUAUGAAUGGAGAAGGGGACGUUGCCCCUCCAGUGCCUAAACAUGGCCCUGCCCCAAGGUGGAGGCAAAGUGGCAAAAGACAGACUUGGGCCCUGCUGAACUGCAGGUGUGGCAGCUGAUCCAAGCACGGCCGCCAUUCACAGCAGACCAAAUAAAACUGAGCACACUUCUCAACCAGCCCUCAAAUCCUCCUGGCCUAGAGGGAAGGAGCCAGUUUCCUCCACCUCGUGCUGCUGCAGCUUAUUGUCUGAAUAUAUGUUCAAGUUUCCUGAAGCUUGAAUGCUUGUGCUGUGUGCUUCCACGAGCCGUGUCUGUACGUGUCCAGUUCUUAAUUGGCUUUUGCGCCUGCUUAGUUUGUCAGCUCUGUCUUCUUGCUCAGUUGAAGAGACCCCUUCUGAGAGACACUCCAGGUGCUUUCUAAGCUUCGCCUAAUUCCCACAUUAAUUCUGGUCAUGGAGGAAAGAUGAGCAGCCCGUGUGAGCUUCUCUCACGCGUAACUAGUUGGUCAGUUGGGCACUGGUGGCAUCCUGUCAAACAGCAAGGAGAAACCGACUGUGCUAACACUCUGAACAGGAUGUGUGUUUGUGUUUGUGUGGUCUGGGAGAGAGGCAGUGGAGCUGACCGACUUGCCAAACACAGACAGACUCACAAACCCAGGCACACCUGCUCACAUAUUCCUGGGACAAGCUGUAGUGAGACAUCAAACCCCUGACCUCCCACCCGCAAAAAGAACCCCUCUGUAUUCACUCUACAAAAGCUUCCAUCCCUGCUCAUCUGGAGUCAGUCCAUAGUCAUCCCUGGUGAGUAGGUAAGUGGCUAUUAUGGUAAUUGGCUGACCCAACUCCACUCCCAACCAGCUUUUUAAAAAUUUGUGCCUAAACUGUGUGUGUGUGUGUGUGUGAAUGCACAUCCCACUGCAAGGUCGGUACAGACUUAGAUUCCAAUGUGCCUAUGGAUAUGUAUCAGGUUUGCAGCCCCCGGUCCUGAUGCAUAUGCGGAAGGCGGCCUCUGUCCUUUAGCUGCAUCAGGGCACUAACAAAUAACUGUGAAACCCCUGCCUUCGCCACUCCCUGGACCUUGUUUAGUUUACUGAUUACUGCACUUGCUUUUCCUUUCUGUAUCUAUGCCUUUCUUCACAGUAACCCUUGGCUCUGCACGGAGUAGUCUCUCUCCUCAAAGCUUUUUGGAUGUGCUUUCACCUUUGCAUGUAAGUACAGCUGCAAAAGACUGCCCUGCCCAUCUUUGGAAUGAACGGAGGGGGUUGUUUUGCACACAGACGUGCAUGUGAUGACCAGAGUUGCAGAAGCACUAUCAGAUUAAUUUGGCAAAAUAGUCCAUUGACAGUUCUAGUCUAAAGGGGUUCACAGCCAGACUCGGAGCACACUGAGUUUGGUCCAGCUGCAGUUAAACAAACGUGGCACCCUUUGAGAUCGAUGUGGCAGCUGAGUCUGAAGUAACACGUUGCUUUCAGUGAUGAGUAUAAGCACAACUAGCUUUUCUCUGGAUCAUGGCCGUGCAUGUAGGUGCACUGAGCAUACUUAGAAGGAAAGGAUGGCCUACAAAUUAUGAGAACUCUGACUUGCAAGGAAGUUCAGUUGUUUUUAUUUGCUGCCUGAAUCGGCUCCUAUCCACUCAGAAAUUCCAUCCAGUUCAAGAGGAGUUACUCCCAAAUUUGUAGUGUAAGGUUAUGAUCCUGUACGUACUUAGGAGGUAAUGGCCUGGUUUGCACAUAUAGGGGCUAAACAGCCCCAUGGUUUGUUGUUAAUUAAUCUAGCACUUGCUGUUGCGUAUGAACUAGGUCAAUGAAUCCCGCUGAAGGCAAGAUUCAGGUUAGGAUUGGGUUGUUAACCUGAUUUCCAAAUAGGCCUCAUUGAAAGAUCACUAGGAUAGCCCUCAGAGUAAAAGUGCUUGGUAUUCAGACACAGAAAAAUGGAAGAGUUGUCCAAAAAUGGGGUACUGCUCGCUGUUUUGAGGCAGAGCUAUACAAAAAACUUUGUGCUUGAUUCCCCACUUGGAGGCACCUUCCCCAGUUUUAGUCCAGCAACAUUUUCACUUUGCUGUAAUUUAAGUUUUUACAUGCUGAACACCCAAGUUUCAUUAAUAGUCUCUUAACCUUCUUAGGAAAAACAAUCACAGUUCAGAAGUAGAAGCUCUGUUGUGAUCUGCAGGCUUAGCUGUUUAUUCCUUGCUUGAUAUACAGGUCAGUGCAUUGAUACCUGCCUUGAGACUUGACGAAUGGGCAGGGUUUGGUUUUGUAUUUUGGAGGAAAAAAGGCUUUCUCAAGUGGACUAAGCACUCCCCUGGCUCAGUGUCCUGUCUUUUGAGACUAAUGAGUGGAAAAUUCAUGACCGGCCCCAGUGUAAAUUCUAGAUCUUGUUUUUGGAUACUUCUAAUAGGAUUAGACAGAAAAGUGCAAAGCAUCAAGAAGGCUGAAGUUCACUUGUUUUGGCAGAAACGCUGCAUGUAAAAGGACAAGCACCAUAAGGCACAAUGUUUACCCAACUCUUUUGAGGCUAACUCAUGGAAGUAAGAGAUCAGUGACCAUCCAAGUGGCAGGGUAUUGUGGAGUUGCAGCCUUAGACGUUUGAUGCAAAAUGGAAAAAUAAUGUCCUUUUGCUUUCUUGCAUUAAUGAAAUGACAUAGGGAAAAGGCUUGAAGGCGGCCUGAUUGUACCUGCUCUCUAAAAUUGGGUGCAUGAAGGUAUGACUUGCUGGCCUUGUUUUGCAUCCCUGCAAGGUGUCCGUGCAUGAAAAGUGCCAGCACUGGUCACUCUUCCAUGGAAACCAUUGGAGGCGUGCCCGUUCGCCACAGUAGAGAAAUCCACCUGCAUGCAGCCAUGGAAGCCUUUGGAAAUCCUCUCCGGAACAGGCAAGAACAAAGCUAGGAAGCCUCCCCCAGUGUAAGCUUACCUUGUAUUCAGGUUGGGCGCACCAUGCCGAGGCUGCAUCCGCUGGGAGAGCUGCUUGUCUCUGGUGGGGUUGACCUUCAGGAAUGUAGGAAGUGCAAGGACACAGGAAGGGGAAGCGGGGAAGCUUUACCUGCCGCGUCAAGCAGCUGGGGUCACCUGUUGAAGUACACGUCUCGAUAACGAGGUUGCAAAUGUUCAGCCUCCAGGACGAACUGUAACUGACUUCAUAGUUCUCCUGUUAAGAAGUGAGUAUGAACCUCAGUGGCCUUGCCUAGUUGAGACUCUGCCAGUUUGCCAGUGCCCUCUGACAAGCCCUUCCAAAUGGGUGAUCGCGCAUGGGUCAUGCUCCAGAUGCUAAAAUAGAGACCUGUGGAUCAGGCCCUUGAGAUCACACAAAGGUGCUUCAACAUUUUGGGUGUUGCCAGAAGUGGCUUGCUCACGCACAGUGGAUUUAAAGGCAUUGUGGGUUAGGGGCGAAUGUUUGUGCUUAGACAUCUAACGCAGCCCAUUACAGAAAGUGCUGCUUGCUGUCCUCAUCUGGAGCUGGCUGCAACUUCGGGAGUCUGGUGAAGGAAGGCAGGGCUCCUAGUGGAACCGAAUAAGAGGAAAGCUAAAAAGCAGCCAGAGGGCACCGGGGGGCACUGAACUUGGCAUGAACUUAGCUAGUGUGGUGAUACCAACUUCCAGGAGGAUCUAGUGCCAAUGGACAUGCGGGGCAGGCUGCACCCGCUGGCACAACUGCCGAUGGGACCGUGGGUUUUUCAGGCAGUGACACCUUGCUCUGCCAGGACAUGUUUUCCUAGCAUACCAUUAAUGUUUUCCUAGCAUACCGUUAAAGCCCAGGUGACAGCAUUUAGUUACCUGAGAUGCUUGCUAACCACGUGAUCUGGUAGAUGGUUGCAUUCUGUUUGUUUGAAUGUGAGUCAGAGACAGGUGCGUGCAUGCGUAAAGCCGGAGCACGCCAUUGGAAGUCCAGGUCAAUGGAAUUGCUGCAAGCCACCCUUCUGCUCUUGGAUGGUAUAGAAACGGGAUAAAUAAUACGGUAGCGUAACCGUGGGUGCCCCAGCCAUGUGAUCUCUUGUACCUGCGUGCACACGUGCUCCUGCAAGGGCCAUCCUGUUUGAUUUAAGGGAAAGGAUACCACCUGUGAGGUUUUUCUCCGUUGAAAUGAAUGGGGAAAUCCACCGGGGUUGGCGCACUCCACAGUGGGGCCGAAAUACUCCAAGACGUUUUGAACUGGGUGGUGAGUCAGCUUGAAAAUGUUUUGCUUUGCGAUGGGACAAGAACUGAAUCCCCUGUUGUGCACAUUCCUUACCCCGUGCAUCUGACUUGUAUCUUGGCCGUUCACUGAAGGCAAAUGGUUUCCUUUUUACCCUCUCUUGUCAUCGACGGAGAAGAAAACCCACAGCUGUAUUUGCAGUACUGCUUUUAUCUGUCUAGUGGAAACCUGACAUUGUCGUUCCAAAGCGUAUAUGAAGGGUUGUGUUGCUCUGCCUGCCCCCCAAUUAAUUGAGAAUAAAACUGUGAACAGCUGUUGGAAUACUUUGUAUACUUGUUUUGUGAUUUGUUGUUGUUAUUUUUUAAAGUUUGCUGACUGCCUUAAAACCUUUUAGGUGUAGCUUGCUUAUACCUUCCUGUUUUGAAAGUAGACAAUGUUUUUAACAGAAUUCCUUUGUAACCAACUUACAGUGUUAAUAUAGCAUUAUAUGUGAUAUGUAUCCGUCCACUAGACUUCGUUCACACUUUUCAAUGUCAGCAAUGGUCUUACUUUUCCAAGUAUACCCAUAAUGGGAAUCUUGUACAUUUGAUGGACAUGUUUUCUUGUAUAUGUUCUUGAAUGUUCACUUCCCAGGAGUCUGAACACAAAGUGGGAAGGAGAAAAUACAUUUUUAAAAAAACAAAAACAAAACUCAGGCA